AUGAACCAGACCCUGAACGGCAGCCAGACUCCGGCGUCGACCCCAAAAACCCAGGAGGCGGAUGAGCUGGGCGCGGCCCCCUUGGCGCUGAGCACCCUGGUCAUGUUCGUCUGCGUGUGCGGCAUAGCGGGCAACAGCGUGGUGGCCUGGCUGCUCAGCUUCCGCAGGCAGAGGGCUCCCUUCUGCGUCUACAUCCUCCACCUGGCGGUGGCUGAUCUCCUCUUCCUCCUCUGCAUGGCCUCCAUGCUCAGUCUAGAAAUUGCCUCGCUGGCCAAGAGGUGCUGGAAGGCCUACGAGGUGGCGCAGAGAGCAAAGUACUUCGCCUACACGGCGAGCCUGAGCCUGCUCACGGCCAUCAGCGCACAUCGCUGCCUCUCCAUCCUCUUCCCCAUCUGGUACAAGUGCCACCGGCCCCAGCACCUAUCGGCCGUGGUGUGCGCCCUGCUCUGGGCGCUGUCCCUCCUGAUGAACAUGCUGGCCUCCUUCUUCUGCAUCAAGUUCUGGCACCCCAAUGAGAAGCAAUGCUUCACGGUGGACUCCGUCUUCAGCUGCCUCAUUUUGGGGAUCUUCGCACCCGUGAUGACACUGUCCAGUGUGAUCCUCUUCGUGCGGGUGCAGAGGAGCUCCCGGGGGCGGCGGCGCCGGCCCACGCGGCCCUACGUGGUCAUCCUGGCCUCCGUCCUGGUGUUCCUCCUCUGCGCCCUGCCCCUGGGCAUCUCCUGGUUCCUCCUCUCCUGGAUGGACGUGCAGCCUCAGGUGGAGCUUCUGUACUACCGCUUGUCCCGCCUCGGCUCCUCCGUGAGCAGCAGCGCCAACCCCGUCAUCUACUUCAUGGUGGGCAGCCAGAGGAGCCGCCGGGGCCUGCGGGAGCCCCUGGGGGCCGUGCUCCGCAGAGCGCUGCAGGAGGAGCCUGAGCUGGAGGAGAGGGAGACGCCCUCCACCGGCACCAACGAGCCAGGGGUCUGA